CCUUAAAAACUCAAAAUAAAAAUAAUAAAAAGUCUCAACAUGAAGAAAAUUCCAACAAUCAAAAAACAAACCACCAACCUCCUCAGAUCUCCUUUCAGCAACGACGGUUACGACAAUCACAUCACUGUGAUUGACUCCAUCUACGACACUUCCAAAUAAAAAUGUUAUGAACGAAAUUGACCGUUUUGAAGAGGUCUUAAAGGAUGCAACAAGGAAUUUCAACCCCCAUGAAAUAAGUUUGAACGUACUCAAAAAGGAGGAAGAAGUGGUUGAGGACUUAGUAGGGAGGAUCACGAAGGAGGAGGAUAACAUAGAUUAUGCUAAUUUUGAUGAAAAGGAUAAAAUUCAGUUUAAGAAGAUAUGUAAUGAGUUUAAUCUUGCAUUGAAUGUGAAAGAUUUGGAAAUCAAACCUGCUGAAAGUUUUGAUAAAAACUGGAGGAGAACAUGGUUUAGAGACAAAACUUCAGCAAGUUUCUAUGAUUAUAAAAAAGUGAACAAAACCACUGCUAACCUGAAACCAAAAGCUAAGGUCUUUAAUGAGACUCUUUUCUUGCCUACCCAGAAAACUCAUAAAAGCAUUAAUAGAAAGUCAGGACUAAAAGAACAUCCUUUUAAGGAAAAUAGCAAUUUUUAUAAGAAAUCUAUCGAAAAUUCUCCUGGUCUUCAAAACAGUCAGAAUCUACAAAAAUCUACAGCUAGGGGAAACAAAGAAGAACACAAGGUCACCAGUUCUUUCGAGCUACCUCGUAAGAAGCAUGACAGGCAGAAUUUGUAUAAAAUCCCUUCAUCAGAAGUAGUCACUAAAAGGAGUAAUCAAAGGUUAAAGACACAUGAGAAAGGAAGAAGUACCUUACUCAAAUUUCUGGAUAACCCAUCUAAAAAUCACAAUAAAAGUGUGAGCAAUCAAACGAAAAACAAAUCUCCGGGAAGAAAUAUAAUCAAGGUAGCAACGACUAGGCAGAACAAAGAGACACAAGAAAGAACUAUGGAUUUUAAGAGUCUGAGGAAUAAAACAUUUUACAACGGUGUUCUUCCAGACAAGAUUAAAGGCCAACUUUUUGAUGACUCAAGUGAUCCUCGAAAAGGAAUCAGCAGCUUUAAUGCAUCAUCAAUCGUACCUGAUUUUAGCUUCACCAAGGGAAAGAAGAAACGAAAAUUUGCUAAAAGUCAAGACAAGAAUAACUUAUUCAGAAGUAUUAGACAGAAAUUGAGAAGGAUUCAGAAUGCAACAAGUUCUGAAGAUCUUUCCAUGCUAAAGGCUGCCACAUUCAAUAGGCCUGAUAGAAUCAGAGAGGUGUUCAAGCUAAAGACUCCUGGCAAAUAAGGAUUCCAAGAUUAUGGAUACAUUGAAGAAAGAGCGUUUGAAAAGAAGGAAAGACAGGCUUCAACUGAAGUCUCAGCAGAAGCUAAAGAAGCAAGUCUAUGAGAUUUGUAGAAGCUGAGAAAGAUACUCAGUCCAGAGUCAGAAGGAGUACAAGGAGAUGUCAUAUCAAAGGCUCUGUGAGUUCCUUAAGAUGAAUGAAUUCGAUACAACUUUUGGAAUCGUUAAAGAACUUGAGUUGAGCUAUGGCAAACCAACAGCUUUUACUACCGGAACUAACGGCCAAGACCUUUCUGCUCUGAAGAAUUUAUAUGAAUAUAAAGUUAAAGAAAUUGAAGACAACCGUAAAGAAGCCAACAAGAUUGAAAGAGAUUAUCACACCGGAGUCAUGGAUCCAGCGAGGCUUGUUGCUAAAAUUGAGAAGCAAAUCGCUAUUAAAAAGAAUGUGGGAACUAAGCUGAAAGUCACAGAAAUGCUGAAAAAGAAUCAAGAUAAAGAAUAA